UGGUCAAAUACAGUGCAGUGAUUUCACUCAACAGCACAGAUAUUUUACCGGCAGGUUGGAUCUAAAAACAAACAACCAAAAAAAGAAGUCAUGGUUCAUGGGAAGAAGUUGGCCAAGGAGACGCUGCUGCCGUCUGUGCUGGAAGACGAUGACGCAGAAACAGAAAGUGAGAAGCUGCAGCUGGGGGAGCGAGGAGCGAGCCGGACAGAGGUCGACGUGCGUGGGCCAAAGGACCAACGCUCAAGCUCUGAUGGGAAUGUGCUAGACAGAGGUGAAAGAGAGGGUGAAGAGAAAGAGGAGGAGGAGGAGGAGGAGGAGGAGGAGGAGGAGCUGGGAGGAGAGGAGUUUGUGAUCUCUGACGAGGACUGCGACACAGAUUUGGAGCUGGAAGGUACGGAGGAGGCAUACGACCCGACGGGGCAGACAUACUACAUGGAGGCGUGUGAAAGGUUACAGGUCGUGCCUGCCUCUUCCUUCCUGCGGCACAUUAGAGAUAGCGAGCUGUCCAUGGCGCAUUAUGGACUUGGGCCUCAGGGCACCAAAGCACUGGCGGUUCCCCUGGUAACCAACACUUCAAUACUGAGGCUGAACCUGCGAGAUAAUUGGAUGGAAGGAAUGGGCGGAGCUGCUAUGGCCAAGAUGUUGAAGGAAAAUUGUUACAUUACAGAGGUGGACCUAUCCGACAACAAUCUUGGGGAUUACGGGGCCAGAGCCAUAGCUGGGAUGCUUAAGGAGAACAGCACCCUGGUGAGCCUGAAUCUGUCGGGAAACCAUUUCACAGACCGGUCUACCGAACACCUCGGCCCGGCUCUCAUCACCAACACCAGGCUGCAGCACCUCGACAUCAGCCACAAUGCUCUGGGAGAGCGCGCAGGGCAAAUCCUCGGAGACUCUCUGUCAGAGAACACGGGGUUGAGAUCACUAAGUCUGGCCUGGAACGGCAUUAGAGGGAGAGGAGCUGUGAUGUUAGCCAAUGGCCUCGGGGGAAACAUUUCACUCAGAACAGUGGAUUUGUCAUUUAAUGGCUUUAGUAAAGAAGGAGCCAUUGCUUUAGGACAGGCUCUGAAAGAGAACAACAUUUUGGAGGAGCUGAAUAUGAGUAACAACCGAAUACCCCCUGAAGGAGCCAUCCGCCUCACCAUGGGCCUCAGAGUAAACAAGACAAUCAAAUCCCUGAAUAUGGGCAGGAACCCCAUCCUCAGUGCUGGGUGCUAUGGUAUCCUCAAGUCUAUACAGGAAAACCCAGAUUCAGCCAUGGAAGCAUUAAACUUUGCUGGCAUCCCGGUGAACCAGGAUUUUGAGGACUUGUAUACAAAAGUGAAAGAAAUAUUCCCUGCGCUUACAAUAAACCAUGGGGGCAGAAUUGGCACAUUCAGAAAAGCAAAAGCUUGAAAAGCGUUACUGUAAUUGCUGUACUUUUAUGCCAGAAGAGAUGGAAGGAGUCUUGUCAAAGCUCUGUGGAUGUUUUCAUCAACAGAUGAAGCAAAGGACGGAUGCCUGCAAGGAUAUCAUCUUUUAAAAAGCUGUCAUUUCUGUAAAAAGAUCCACGAGACAUAUCCUUCUGAAUAAAAUGCAUUUUGAAUAUAUAA